AUGGCCAGCACCACUCCAAGCACCAAACUAUGGUACGCUCCAGGAGCAUGCUCCCUCGCUCCACACAUCAUCCUCAAAGAGGCCGGAGCGAACUUCGAACUAGUCAAAGUAGCAUUCGACAGCAUCCACAGCGACGAAUUCAAAGCUAUUAACCCCAAACUUCGCAUCCCAACACUAUCGGUUAACAACGAGAUUAUUACCGAGAACCCCGCGGUCAUGAUGGCGAUUUCAAACCUUGUUCCUGAAAAGCAUCUCUUCGGCAAGACGCCACUGGAUACAGUUCGUGUGAUCGAGUGGGCAAACUAUAUAUCAGGCACGCUCCACGGGCAGGCCUUUGCCGGGCUUUGGAGGCCGCAGCGUUUCACAGCCGAUCCCGAAGAUCACCAUAAACUUCAGGCCAUGGGCAUGACGACUAUCAAGGAAUCUUUCCGGUAUAUCGACAAUAAACUCAAAGGUGUACAUGCUGUUAGUGACUCGUUUACUAUCGUGGAUGCAUACCUGCUUACCAUGUACCGAUGGGGGCAAAAGAUUGGGCUGCCUAUGGAAUCGGACUACCCGAAACUUACUGCUCUUGUUGUUGAAGCUUCGAAGCGCCCGUCUACCGUGGCUGCCAUGGAGGCCGAGGGACUUCCUCCGAUAUUCAACUGA